AUGGUAAUCCUGACAACUCAGUCCCCUAACAGACCUUCCCCUUCUACCCAAACUGCCACUUCGCUGGGAAAUACGGAGAGACUCCGCCUACUACUGGGCAAUGUGGGAAAGUACCUGAGGAAAGCCGAGAGCCCUUUCCUUCCUUCUCUCCCCGUGGUGAGAGGCUCCCAGGCUGGCGGACCACCGGGCCGGCGUGGGCCCUUGGGUCCCGGACCUCAGCCCCUCCGCCUCUGUAUUCACGCGGGCUUUAAAGCUGUGCAGGUCUCCGAUGAAGAGCGGAGUUCAGAUGUGAAAGCUGAUAACCAUGCCUCCGGGUCUGAUGUGUGCAGGCAGCUGCCGGUAUAUACUGCACAGCCUCUCCAGUCUAAAUAUGUUGAACAGCCUGGUCAUUUACAAAUGGGCUUUGCUUCUAUUUGCACUACAACUGGCCAUUAUAUUCACUGGUGCAAGGGUGUUAAUGUGUUUGUGGAAAAUGGGAUAAUGGGUAUAGUUUAAUUUGGAAAAGUAGAUGCAUAUGUCUCUCUGAAGAAUCUGCUUCAAGAUUUUCUUCCAAAAAUUGGAGUGAUUAUAAUUUCAGGAUUGACAGGCUUGGUUUCAGCCAGAAAAGAUUCUAGAUUUAAGAAAAUUGCUUAUCCUUGGAGACUGGCCACUUUAGGAGCAACUGUUUGCUACCCAGUUCAGUCAGUAAUAAUAGCAAAAGUAACUCAGAAAAAAGCAUAUACUGCAAGCCAGCAAAUUUAUGAAGCCAUUAAAUCAUUACAGAAACACUCCGUACCUUUGCCAACAGAUCUCAGCUCUGAAACAAAGAUCAAAUCAAAACCUACCUCAGGUGCUACGCAGUUUAUGCCUGAUUCCAAGCUCAUGAAUCACAGGCAGUCCCACCCAGAAGAUACAGGCAUGUAUAGCACUAAAAGCUGA